ACCAACCAACCUUACACCAAAACAUAACACAUCUGAGAAUAUACAACACCUCCCUUGAUCAUCUUUUCUUGUUUGUUCAAUUUCUAUCUACUUGUUAAAUAGACUUGAUUGAUUGUAGCUAUGGGUAAAGGCGUUGAAGACUAUCUGAUAAGUGGUGUAGGUGGGAUAUUGAAGGCUCUACAUGGAUUCUUGGGGGACUUGGCUAGCAAGGAGAUCGGUUUACUUUGGAAUGCUAAAGAUGACUUGAGAAAGCUUUACGAUACCUUAGAGGUGAUUCUUGCUUCAGUAUCUGAUGCUGAGAAGCAACAAGUGAGUGAUGAGGUAGCACGGCUGUGGCUAAAAAGGCUAAAAGACAUUGCUUACGAUGCGGAGGACGUUGUGGAUGAGAUCGCCUAUGAAACAAUGCGUCAGCAUGUGAGGGGGGAUUCGCCAGACAAAAAGCUACUCGAUUUCUUUUCACCUUCCAACCACCUUGUAUUUUCUUACGAGGUGGCCAAAAAAGUUCAAGAUAUUAACAAAAGGCUAGAUGAGUUUACAAAAAAUAAUAAAAUUGCUAAAUUUCCAACUAGUAUCACUACUGCUCAUAAUGAAACUAGUUUGCUACGGCCUGCUCGAGAAACCUCAUCUCGUGUCAGUCAGUCAAUUAUAGGAAGGGAAUCUGAUAAAAGUGAAAUAAUUAGAAUACUAAUAACAUCAAAGGGACCAUCAGCAGCAGCCUCCUCAGCAGCGGCGUCAUCUUCAGCGGCUUCAUCAUCAUCAGCGUCAAACUUCCAGAACAAUCAAUAUCCCGAAAAAGUUUCUGUCGUUUCUAUCGUGGGAAUGGGGGGCGUUGGAAAGACUACGCUUGCCGGAGACAUCUUCAAAGACAAGGCCGUGAAAAAAUUUGACCCCAAAAUAUGGGUCUGGGUAGGUGGUGAUUUUGUUGCUCGAACAGUUUUUUUAGAGAUUCUAAAUUUCAUUGAUCCGGGAACGAAGCUCAAUAACUCAUCAUCUUUGGACGCACUGGAGAAGGAAGUUGAAAAACAUACGAGGGGCAAGAAAUAUCUGUUAGUCCUUGACGACAUGUGGAACGUACGUGCGAAAGAAUGGGAAAAACUUGCACGUGUAUUAGCUGUUGGAGACCAAGAUAGUAAAGUUUUAAUUACUAGCCGUGAAGACCAGAAAUCAGUAAACGGAGGAACUUCUCCGUACAAACUGAAAAAAUUGCGAGAUGAUGAAUGCUGGUCAAUUAUCGAGACAAAAGCCUUUUCGGAUGGUGGAGCACAACAGACGGAUGAUGACAUGAUUAUCAUAGGAAAAGAGAUAGCAAAAAAGUGUAUGGGUUUACCGCUUGCUGCUCAAUCCCUUGGAAGUCUAAUGCACUCAAAUAACAACAAAAGCGAUUGGGAAAUGAUCAGAGAUGAUGAUAUUUGGAAUGACAAAGAAAAGGAUGAUUUCAACGUCAUACCAAUACUAAAACUGAGCUAUGAUAAAUUUCCGUCUGAAAUAUUCAGUUCGGGUUUUGGUGAAUGGAGUGUUUAUGAAGUUUCAUAUCCUGGAGAUGUUGGUUGGAUGAAUUUCUUUCAAAAAAAUGUUGUUAUCCAUAAUGGUGUACUACAUUGGAUUGACCGAAACUCAGUUAUAGCUUACAAUCUAAACAAUGGCGAAGCAUGUGGAAAUCAAUGUAGAUUAAUCAACUUGCCUGGUGAGGAGUACCGCCUCUAUGAUUCUUCACAACCUUAUAUUGGAGUGCUGGAAGGGCUGAUCUGUUAUGCUUGUCUUAGGGUGGAAAGGAUGCCUAUGGGUGUUUUGAAGGUCUUUUUGUGUGUUUGGGUGAUCGAGGAGGACUGGCAUUUGUUGUAUGAUGAUAUCUUAGUUGAUGAUAUGUUAGCAAAAAUAAUAUCAAAUUCAAACCUUAUAAACCUAUCCAGGUUUUAGGUUUCGAUAUUUCCCAAAAAUUCCUACUGCUCUAUAUUUCCCAAAAAUUCGGAGAUAAGUAGGGUUACUCUGGUUCAACUGUGGAUAGCAGAAGGAUUUCUCCGCACUUGUAAACUGGGAAAGGGAAGAUCGAUUGAAGACAUUGCAGAUAGCUACUUCGAUCGUUUAGUGUGGAGUUCAUUUCUGGAUGGUGUGCGAAAGAGUUUGUUGGAUGACACAGUGACGUGCAAAAUGCACGAUCUUGUGCACGAUCUUGCAAAUGCUGUUGUUGGGGAUCAGGAAUUGACAUCUCUCAAGGUAAGUGAGUUGAAUAAUACUUCAAAAAUACGUAGGUUACAGUUAAUGUUGGAUGUAGAUUUAUCAUCAUCAUUUCUGAAAAGCUUAGGUAACGCAAAGAAGUUGCGGACAGUUUUUAUCCCUGAAGGUUCAAAGCUGGAUCCUUCCAUGUUGUCAGAAAAUAAUCAGUAUUUGCGUAUCUUACAUAUAGAAGUGGUUCACCAAGUUACAGUGCUCGUGCAAAGUGGCGUUCUUUGAGUGUACUAAAACAUUUAAGGUACCUCCGCCUUACCUCUCUUGAUCUUCGUGAAGUUGUUUAUGAUCAGUCUAUAGGUAAGCUUUAUAAUCUGGAGACAUUGGUUUUGAGUCAAAUGGGUAUUAAUGUUCAAAUUCUUCUUACGAACAUUCAAUCAUUAAGAAAACUCAGAUACCUUGAAGUCUCACAUACAGAUAUGGUAGAAUUACCUGAUUCUGUCACAAGUCUUUCUAAUUUGCAGACAUUGGAUCUCACUAAUUGCGAAUUAAAAGUCAUUCCUGACUCUAUCUCUGGUUUGAAAAAUCUAAGAUUUCUAAAUUUGUCAGACAACCCUUUUGAGAAAUUACCUGCUUCAGUCGUCACCCUCUCCAAUUUGGGAACAUUAGAUAUCAAUACCUGCAAAAAUUUAGAAGCCUUACCAGAUUCUGUGAGAGGUCUUUCUAGAUUGAGGAUAUUUGAUUUCAAAAACUGUCCAUUACUUAAAGAACUACCUGAAGAUCUUGGAACGUUAACUCAGUUAAGAUACCUUAGCUUAUAUGAUACUCAGAUCAGAGUAUUACCAGAGUCUUGUGCUAACCUCAGCAAUCUUGAGUAUGUGAAUCUUUGCUAUUGUGAGGUUCCGAAAUAUGUCAAAAAUUGGACAAAACUUAGAAAAUUUGUUUCCCAGAGGGGCAAUAUAUUGGGUGCAGGGGAACUGAUUUUCCUUGAAAGGUUAAAUUACUCGGUGCCGAAACAAUAUGCUAUAAAUGAAGCUGAAUGCAACGUUGGGAUUGAAGAGCUGAGAAACCUAAAGUUUCUUGAGGAUCUAUAUAUUUGGAAUCUUCAAAAUGUGGAAGACCCAGCUGAUGCUGAGAGCACAAAUUUGAAAGGAAAACAGAAUCUUCAUGAAUUAUGUCUACAUUGGUCUUCCAAUUCUUCUCAUCAUCAUCUUGAAGUAUUUGAAGCUCUCCAACCUCCCACUGGUUUGAGGAACUUGACUAUACAGAACUUCAUGGGGGAGGUCUUUCCCAAGUGGAUGUGUGCUGCAUCUGGUCUUCCAAAUUUGGUGUCGUUGGAUUUUCAGAACUGCAAAGGAAUAAAAAAACUUCCAGAUAUUGUGCAGACUCCACGUCUCGCGCGUCUUUCUCUUAGGGGAAUGCAUUUGGAGAGUUUAGAUAUUGGCGGAUUUCCUUCCUUGAUUAUACUGGAUAUUGAGGAUAUGUUCCUUCAAGAAUUGUGCUAUUCAUAUCCUUCUCCGUUUCUUCAAUUUCUGGGGAUUUUUGGCUGCAAAAGGUUAACAGAAAUUCCUUCGCUUCCUUGUCUGUUGCAUAUGGGAUUAGAGAAGAUCGACCCCAAGUUAGUAUACUCAGUUGGGAGAAGCCAGACAUCUCUCACAACCCUAUUUUUGGAGAAUAUCGAUGGGCUUGUAUACUUCCCAAUAAGCAUACUCCAAAACAAUUCUAAUCUUCGAAUUCUGAAAAUUGAAGGGUGCAAUCAGUUUCAAGGCUUUGGUAUAACUGAUUAUGAUAAGAAUGAGAACCAGGUUGCCCCUGGUGUCUACAGUAGCUCUCUUCAGGAUUUGAGAUUUUAUGAUUGUCCAGUUCUACAGUUUCUUCCAGAUUUACGAGGAUGGACUUCACUUCGGAAGUUGGCCAUCUUCAAUUGCCCGCAAGUGAAGGAGUCUUUAACCUAUGAUCUCAAAUCCCUCUCUUUUCUUGAAGGACUGCGGGUUGAUUUUAUUUAAAGAGAAGAGAAGCGAGGAGAAUCAGGAGAUCCAUCUACUUCUAAAGACUUGAUUAAAUUUGAUGAGUAUGUUCAAUUGGAACCAUAUCUGAAAUCCAUUCAUCUCCUAAAGAAUUGUAUGCUGAUUUUAUUCAAGGAGACGAGCAGCGUGGAGAAGAUGAUGAAGAUCCAUUUGUUAAAGAAAACUUGAUUCAUUUGGUGGAGUUGCAGUUUAAUGAAUUGAAUGGAAGCAGCAGGAUGAUCAAUGAUGAUAAAGCAGAGCCCCAUUAAUUUGUCCGGAUCGUACUUAUCCCCAUGAAAAAAAACAGAUUGCUCUCUCCAGACACUCCUUUGAGGAACUUACUUUUCAAGACUAUAUUAACAGGUUGGAGAAAUUUAGGGUCUGAGGUGCUGCUACAGCAAUCUUCUUUAGUCUCUUGUACACACAUACUCUCGUUCUAUCUCACCACUCUUUUUAUGUUUUCCGAACAAGUGUAGUUGCCUACAAAAUCCCAACUUUAAUAAUGGGAAUGCACAAUGAAAUAUGAAAUAGAAACCUUAGUUAUUCCUCA